AUGAAAUGGCUUGAUGAAAUGGAAACUGCUAUGGACAUCAGCAAUUGUGCUGAUAAGGAUGUAGUGAAAUUUGUUUCACAAUCUUUCAAAGGCGAGGCCCUCGCAUGGUGGAAGGCCAUGGUACAGUCCACGGGGAAAAUUCCCCUAUACAAUAUGGGAUGGUCCAAUUUUGUGGAUCAUAUCAGAGAAAACUACUGUCCACAACACGAAGUGGAAAAAGUGGAGAUAGAUUUUCUGACUCUCACAAUGAAAAACCUAGAUUGUCAGCAAUAUGCUACCGACUUCAACUCCCUGUCUAGAUUGGUACCCUAUUUAAUUACCCCUGAACCUAAACGCAUUGUGCGUUUCAUCGGUGGUUUGACACCGGAAGUAAAAGGGAAUGUUAAGGCUUCAAGGCCAACCACAUUCAGAUCAACUGUGGAUCUAUCCUUGUCUCUCACUCUAGAUAUAGUGAGACAAAAGUUAGUCAAGACUGAAACUAAUGAGAAAAGACAGAGGGAGGAGGAUAACUCCCAGAAUCCUAAGAAGAAGGGCAAAUCCGAGUUCGAAAGGAACCAACAACAUUCCAAUAAAAAGCCUACAUGCAAAACCUGCAAAAGAAGACACUGGGGAUAG